AUGAAUCCAAUAGUGAUAUUCUCAGUGUGUUUAGUGCUAGCAUCAUUCACAGCAUGCAGUGGGAGACCAGCAGAACCACCAACGGUUGGCAAGUAUUCAGUUUCAAAAUCAAGCAACGACGAUGGCAAAUAUAGACCAGUAAAGCGAAAUGAAGGUCGCUAUAUACAUAUGGUUCAGCCGUAUGUUCAUGUUCACGAUAAUCGCGAACUUGGGCAAUAUGUGCACAUACCAAAUCCUUAUGAUGGGGGUUAUGGUCCAUAUUCCGGACUGAAUAAUCCCUAUCGACAUGAUGAAAGUGGAAACUACGACAAGUACACAGUAAGUAAUGCCGAAUUUGAAAUACCUGCCAUUCGUCUAGAAUACGGUUUCCCUGAUCAUGAUCCUGAGGGGGUGAAUAAGAAUAGUAAUCCAAAGUGCGAGACCUCAUCAACGACAACAAGACGCCCAACGACAACCACAACGACCACCAUUAAGCCACGACUUUUCAAUUACUACGAAGAGGGAGGAUGGAAGAUCCUUCGUCAAGAGGAAGAAAAGAAGAAGCAUAAAUAUGAUUUCUUGUACCACACUGAAAACGGUAUUUAUGGCGAAGAGAAGGCACAUCUUCAUCCAGGUGCUGGAACAUCGGCAACAGGCUACUACGAAUACACCGGUGACGAUGGUGAGCUCUACCGUGUGAACUACAAGAGUGACCACAAUGGUUUCAUUCCCGAGGGUGAUCACAUCCCAACUCCACCACCAGUUCCAGACGCAAUCAAGCGUGCUCUUGAAUAUGUCGCAAAGAAGAAGGAAACCCACGGAGCAGUUCAAAGUGGACGCUACGAACACAAGAGCGACCCAAUUAGGCUACAGAACAUGCCAACCAUUGACCGUCCAUUGGCUCCCACACAACAACCUAGGGCUCUUCCUACUCUCCCAACUCUCCCAAGCUUUAGCCGUCCAUUGACCCAGCAACCACUAGCACAAUCCCAACCUCUGCCCCAGCAACCAAGAGCACUUCCACCACUCCCAGCUCUCCCAACUCUGGCACCAAUUGCUGCUCAGCCAAGAUUUGUCCAAUAUUCUGCUAACAAUCAGUAUAAUCCUCUGCCAACAAUUGCCCCACAAAACGCCCCAAUCAAGGCCUAUCAGGCUCCUAGCUUGUCAUCUAAGCGCCCUGCUGAUCAACUCAUUCAGCAAACUCAGCUUAAUCAGCUCGAUCAAUUGCCCCAAGUUCAAGUAGCCUUACCUCCAGUUCAAGCUCUCAAGCCCGUGGAACUUCCAAAACCAGUUCAAGUAAUUGAAAUAACGACCCCUACCCCUAUUCAAGAAGUAAUCAAAGUUGCUGAACCAGUCCCAUUGCCUGAAUUGAAACCUGCAGAAGAACAGCCUCAAUCCGAUCAACCUCAAGCUGAUCAACCCCAGGCCGAUCAACCUCAACCUGAACCUCAACCUCAACAAAGUGAACCAGAACAAUUGCCCAAGGAGGAAGUUCCAAUCAAAGAGGAACCAUCAGCAGGUGAGAACUUAAAAACCGAACAGUCAAUUGAAUCGAUUGUCAUUGUGAAACCUGACAGCGCAUCAGAUGUAGAAGCCGCCCCAAAACCACAAGAAAUAUCUCCAGAAGCUUCAGAGACCGAUAAUCAAUUUCAACCACCCUACCAGGUCCCCGAACAAUUAACAGAUGAAGAUAAUUUUGAACUAACAAUGGCUUAAGUUCACCAAAAAAUUUUAUAAAAUUGAAAAACAAAAACAUUUAAGAAAAUUGCUAGCUGUUAACCCAAUCGAGAGAAACAGCAAGACUUUUGUUACAGAGAUAAAGAUCUAGAUAUUGUAUAUUAUGUCAUUGCAUUUGAUUUUUCACCCUUGAGGAAAUCUGGAAUUCUUCCGAGCGCCACCAGUCACCAUAUGACAACAGAAUAUACAUAAGACAACACAACACACAAUCUUAAAGAGACAUGAAGAAUCCUCAAUAAUUCUCAAUCAUCUAAUUCAUUUAAAUCAUUGUCAUUAAUUUUUAGUUGUAUAGAUUUUUUUAUAAUUUUGUAAAUGUGUUAUUAUUUUAUUAUUUAUAAACAAAAACGAAGAAAAAAAGAAAACAAAAAAAUCUCAAACAUCCUAUUUUUAAUUUUUAAUUUUAUUUAAGGAAUUGUAGAAAAAAAAAUAAAAAUGAUGAAAAAUUAA